AUGAGCCCAAGGAACGACUCCGGUUUCAAGGUCGAGCCUUUCGACGGCUCGAACCCUGGGUUGUGGAGUUACAAGAUGAAGAUGUACCUGAUGUCGAAGGGGCUGUGGGGCGCGAUCGCGGGCGAUGAGACAAUGAGUGAGACCCAGGAACAGCAAGCCCACGCCGCGAUCGUGCUUAAUCGGAGCGAUUCGCAGCUGAUGCAUGUCAUCGACUCUGCCACUGCAAAAGAAGUGUGGGGACAUUUGGCGUGGUUUUAUCAUAGUCAUGACAUGGCGAAUCGACAUUGGCUGAAAGAACUGUUGGCCUCGUUCAAAUAUGCAGCAUCAAGCAUGAGCGGUUAUGCGAUGGAGCUGGAGGACCUCGUGAAGCGCGCGAACUGCGGUCCAAGUGAAGAGGAAGUGUGCGCAGUACUGUUGCGGAGUCUACCUUCAAGCUUCGAGAGCUUGAAUGAGGCUGCACGGAUAGAGGAUGCAACGGCGCUCUACGCAGGCACGAGGAAGAGUAAGCAGUACCCGAAGAAGCAACAAGGACGGCGCGCGAAAGGACCAUCAGGGACCUGCUACAACUGUGGCAAGGUCGGGCACUACACCAGAGAUUGUCGCUCCGGUCGAGGGCCAAGGGAGCACCAGCAUGACCAGUCGAACGUCGCGUUCAAUGCCAGCGAAGGUUUCGUGAGCGACAGCUGGGUCAUGGACAGUGCGGCGUCAGCACACAUGUGCAAGGAUCGAGAUGCGUUCGAAGAUUACGAAGAAGUGCAUCAUGCGCGAAGUAUCUCAAGCGCAAAGAGCGACGUGAAGCUGAACGUCAUUGGACAUGGGAAAGUGAAGCUGCGCGUCUGGACAGGGCAUGCGUGGAUCGAAGCUCGCCUUGAGAACACACUUCACGUUCAAGAUUUGUCCAAGAACCUGUUUUCGCUCACCGCUGCGGCAGCGCGCAGCAUGACAGUGGAGAUAACGCGCAACGAGUGCAUGGUCAAGCGUGGCGGCACACCCGUCGCAACAGGACGGAAGCAGGAUUUCCUACUGUAUCUCAACGCUGACUAUUGUACGGAGUGCCACAUGGCCGAAGACGAGACUGAGCUAUGGCAUAGAAGACUGGGCCACGUGUCGUAUGGUACUCUGAAUGCCAUGAUUAGUGACGUAAGGAUCAAGGGCGCAACGAUGAAGACGAACGUUGCGUGUGACGUAUGCGCAACGUCAAAGCAAGUGCGCAAGUCAUUCAAGACAAGUGAAGAAGACGCUGAAACCAGGGAGAGUUCGCGUUCCGACGUGGUGGUGUGCUCCGGCGUUCUCGGACCUAUCACGCCAGCGUCCAAGUCUGGUUUCAGUUACGCCGUAACCUUCAUCAUGAUGAAGAGCAGGUAUGUAACGGUCUAUCCGUUGCGAAAGAAGAGCGACGUUGCGAGUGCGUUCAAGCGGUUUUACCAAGAUAUCAAGACAGCAUCUGGAACGAAGAUAAAAGUGUUGCGAAGUGACAACGGCGGCGAAUACCGGAACGAAACGAUGAACAACUUUUGCAAGGCAAAGUUCAUCAAGCAAGAGUUCACGGUUCCGUACAACCCAGAGCAGAAAGGGAUGGCGGAGCGGAUGAACCGCACGCUGGUGGAGAUGACACGCUGUAUGCUCAACGAAAGCGGCCUCGACAAGUCGUACUGGUGCGAGGCACUGAUGACAGCGGCAGACAUCAGAAACAUUCUGCCGAACGCGUCGAACAAGAACUUAAGCCCACACGAGAUGGUGUUCAAGAAGGUUCCGCGCAUCGAUCACAUGCGCGUGUUUGGUGCGCAAUGCUAUGCACAUGUGGCGAAGGAGAAGAGGAAGAAGCUGGAUGACUCAGGCGUGCGAUGUUUCUUUCUCGGCUGUGCGAAGGACCAAAAGGCGUAUCGGCUUCUUAGUGCGGACGAUGGCUCAAUCGUGAUUUCAAGAAGCGUCAUGUUCGCUGAGCAUUCUGUCUCGAAAUUAUCGUUAAGCAGAGACACGCGGGUCUUCUAUGUCAUUGAAGAAGAGGAAAGUGUGGAGGCGUCGCUACCCGAUGAUGAAGACAUACCAGCGCCGGUGACCGAAGAAGAGCUACGCACCCCACCACUUCGAGCGCAGAACAGCUCUCAUCACGGACCAAGUGAUCGACCAAGAGACACCAUUCCUACGCGCGCAUCCAGCACACCCGGAAGAAAUGGAGAAGAAGAGUGGGUGGUGCGACCGGUUCGGAAAAAGCGCGGCGUGGUUCGCUACGAACAAGAAUUUCCAAGCCAUCGUCGCGGUCACUUCAAUUUGGACGACUACGAAGGUGAUUUCGACUCUUUCUACUGUUUCUCGGCUGAAGAAGAUGGGGAACAAGCGUCCAGCUAUCAAGAAGUAAUGAAGAGCAGCUACAAGGAGCAGUGGCUACAGGCAAUGAAGAGCGAGAUGAAGUCGCUUGAAGAACACAGCACAUGGAAGCUAGUGGACAUGCCACCGGGCAAGAAGGCCGUAGGCUGCAAGUGGGUCUUCAAGAUUAAACGCGAUCCAAGUGGCGAGAUCAUCAAGUUCAAGGCACGCUUGGUUGCGAAAGGGUUCACGCAGCGUCCUGGCAUCGACUGCAACGAGACCUUUGCACCAGUGGCGCGCAAGGAAUCUAUCAACACAGUGUUGGCGAUCGCUGCAGCUGAAGACCUGGAAGCAGAAAACGUUGAUGUCGACACAGCGUUUCUCGACGGCGAAGUGGAAGAGGAGAUCUACAUGGACCAACCUGACGGUUUUGAAGAUGAAGGAAGCCCGAAAAAGAAGUGUUUGCUGCAGAAGGUGCUAUACGGGAAGAAGCAAGCGGCGCGGCAGUGGAACAACAAGUUGAGUCAGCACUUGGAUGAUCAAGGGUUCAAGAGCAGUGCAGCGGACCCGUACUUCAGCAUUAAAGAUCUUGGAGAUCUCAAGUACUGCCUCGGGAUCGAGAUUCAUCGCAAGCGCGAAGAUGGAACGAUCAAGAUGAACCAGAAGGCGUACAUCAAGCGAUUUUCGGAGAAGUUUGGCGUUGAAAACUGCAAGGACGUGCAUACGCCGGCGGACAGAAACUCGAAGCUGAUCAAGAUGGGUCAAGAGGAAGCGUUUGUACCAAAGUACCCAUACCGUGAGCUGGGCUACGACAAGUCGCAUUGGACAGCAGCAAAGCGGAUUCUCAAGUAUCUCAAGACGACGCAAGACUUAAGCAUCGUGUUAAGCGGCAUCAACAAGGGAGAGCUGAUUGGACUCGCGGAUGCCAGCUGGGCUGGCGACCUCGACACGCGGCGUUCGACAACAGGAUACGAUUUCUUCCUGAACGGAAGCGUGAUAUCGUGGAAUUCGAAGCGUCAACCAACGGUCGCGACCUCACGUACUGAAGCAGAGUACAUGAGUCUGUACAGCGCGACACAGGAAGCAGUUUGGCUUCAAGGUCUGCUCAAGGACCUGAACUACUGUGCCAAGAACACGACGACGAUUUUUCAAGACAAUCAAGGUUGCAUCGCGUUGACCAAGAAUCCUGUGUACCACUCGCGCACGAAGCACAUCGACAUCAAAUUUCACUUUUUGCAUGAAAAGGUUGCAAGUGCAGUGAUCGCGCUAGAGUUCAAGCCAACAGAAGAAAUGGUCGCGGAUAGAUUCACCAAGGCACUUCCAAGAGAUAAGCACAGCAAGUUCAUCACGGGUCUGUGUAUGGCGGUGUAG